AUGACCGAUAUCUGGGCGUAUCUUGACGGCAAUACUCUUCCUGAGGAUCGCGCAGAAGCUGAAAAGCUCGCGCGCAUCUCCAAGCGGUACGUCCUCGUAGAAGGGACCCUCUACCGGCGUGCCGCCAACGGGAUACUCUUGAAGUGUGUUUCUCGAGAGCAGGGCAUCGAGCUCAUAGCCGACACCCAUCAGGACAUCCUUGGACCAUUCAAGGCGGCUCGAGGCGGGUAUCAGCACUUGUACGUCGCCAUCGACAAGUUCACCAAGUGGCCCGAAGCCUACCCGGUCGUCAAAAUCGACAAGCAUUCUGCCCUCAAGUUCAUCAGGGGCAUCACGUCUCGAUUCGGAGUGCCCAACCGCAUCAUUACAGACAACGGCACCCAGUUCACCAGUGAGCUGUUUGGCGAUUACUGUGACGACAUGGGCAUCAAAUUGUGCUUCGCCUCGUCCGCCCACCCCAAGAGCAACGGCCAAGUCAAGCGAGCCAACGCUGAAAUUCUUAAAGGGCUCAAGACCAAGACGUACAACGUCCUAAAGAAGCACGGGGAUUCAUGGCUCGAGGAGUUGCCCACCGUGUUAUGGGCAAAUCGGACCACCCCAAGCCACGCCACCGGGGAAACGCCGUUUUUCCUGGUGUACGGCGCCGAAGCGGUCUUAUCCUCCGAGCUUUCCCUGGGGUCGCCUCGCAUCGCGCUGUACAAUGAGGCCACCCAGGAUGACCUUCGCCACGACAAUCUCGAUUAUCUCGAAGAACGGAGAAGGCGUGCGGCCCUACGUGCCGCGCGCUACCAGCAAAGCCUGCGACGCUACCAUCAGCGCCACGUCCGGGCCCGAUCACUGCAAAUUGGCGACCUCGUCCUACGCCGCGUCCAAUCGCGCCUGGAGCUGAGCAAGCUCUCGCCAAUACCGUUCAUUCCCUUCCUCUGGCUUGUCCUGGUUUAA